UCAAAAAUGUUUUUACUAUUCCUGAUUUUUGUAAUCGCUAUAAUUGGAUAUUGUUAUUUACUUCUGAAUCGUCAUCAAAAUUAUUGGAAACGAAAAGGAUUGAUAUCUCACUUAAAACCAUCGCCAUUGUUCGGGAAUAUUUUUCCAAUUUUCAUCAAACGAAGUGUAUCAAUGCCUGAAUUCUCCUGUCAAGUGUAUAAUAAUUUUCUAAUAGCAAAAUAUAUCGGUAUUAUGCAAUUCCACACACCGGUAAUUAUCCUCCGUGAUCCAAAUUUAAUAAGGGAUGUUUGUAUAAAAGAUUUCGACAAUUUUCCCGAUCAUGAAAGUCUAAUUCCCCCAAAUGCGGAUCCUCUAUUGGGGAAAAAUUUAUUUUUCCUCCAAGGUGAUCGCUGGAAGGAAAUGCGACACACUCUAUCGCCAUCAUUCACGGGAAGUAAAAUGAAAUUUAUGUUUGAUUUAGUGUCAAAGUGUUCACAAAAUUUUGUUAAAUAUUUUCUAGAGAAUUCGGACGAGACAAAUGUUAUUGAAAUGAAAGACACUUUUACUCGUUAUACAAAUGACGUCAUCGCUACAUCAGCUUUUGGAAUAACCGUCAACUCUUUACAGGAUCGAAAUAAUGAAUUCUAUCUCAAGGGAAAAGAUGCUACCAAUUUUAACAAUUUUGUCCGAAUUUUCAAAAUGAUGUUAAUUCGAUAUUUUUCCACAAUAACCAAAUUAAUCGGUGAGACUUUAGUGUCAAGAACGACUAUAAAUUUUUUCAGAACAAUUAUUCGCGAGACAGUGAAAGUAAGGAAGGAGAAAAAAAUUAUUCGACCGGAUAUGAUUCAUCUUCUAAUGGAAGCCAGCAAUAAUGAGGAAGGUGUCAAAAUCUCAGUUGACGAUAUCGUUGCACAAGCAUUCAUUUUUUACUUAGCAGGUUUUGCCACAUCAGCUACUGUUAUGGGAUUUGUUGCUCAUGAACUAGCCGUAAAUCCUGAAAUACAGGAUAAACUCCGCGAGGAAGUGGAUCAUUUCACAAAAGAAGAAAAUGGUGAAAUUUCAUAUGACACACUUUCAAAGAUGAAAUAUUUGGAUAUGGUCAUUUCGGAAACUUUGAGAAAAUAUCCACCAAAUGCAAUGAUGGAUAGAUUGUGCGUCAAAAAAUACACUCUACCAAAAGCUACACCAGACAGCAAGGAAUACACCAUUGAACCAAACUCCAUGAUAUGGUUACCAAUAUACGCCUUGCACCAUGAUGAAAAAUACUUUCCAGAUCCAGAAAAAUUUGAUCCUGAGAGAUUCAAUGAUGAGAACAAGGACAAAAUUAAUCCGUACGCGUAUAUUCCGUUUGGAGUUGGCCCGAGGAAGUGCAUCGGUAACAGAUUUGCUUUAAUGGAAAUAAAAAUUCUGUUUGUUCAUCUGCUGCAAAAUUUUAUUCUCCAAAGAGAUGAGAGAACGAAGCAUCCAAUAAAUUUUGAAAAUGGGUUUGUCGUCGGUGCUGAUGGUGAAUUUUGGAUAAAGCUAAAGAAAAGAGUAAUUAAUACUUCUGAAUAGAUUUUUACUUUUGUACUGGACUUUGUUACUUAAAUAAAAAAAUUUUGCAAGCUACAAAA